UGAGCGGUUUGGGCCUGGGCCUUUGCGCGUGCGCGCUUUAGUCAGCUCAAGGACCCAGAUUUAAAGAGACAGGCGUUUCAACCGUCUUUCCUGCCCGCGGCCGGUAGGUGCCUGGUCGGAGGCCUGCUCUACGCGCCGGAGCCGGGAAGACAGGGAAUUCAGAGUCCCUCCCACCAGCGCAUCCAUGGACUCAUUUUUAAUUUUUCCAGCCAUACCGCGAGCUAUAUGACUUUGACUUUCAAGACCCUCUUCCCGCCAGUCCUCCGUGCGCUCAGCCGAAAAGAGCAACAUCAUUGGCCUGGCCUAAGACAACUCCGCCAGUGGUCAGAAACAGAUCUGCUUUAUGGGUGCUGCCCCCUCCAGAGAAGAAAGCCUGCUCUGUCAUUCCAGGAUGGCAGUCUAAGACCGGGUGCCACUUGCCUUGUUUUCUUGCCAGGGUCGCAUGUUGGACUCUGCAGUGGCCCCUGUGAGAUGGCUGAACAACGGUUCUGUGUGGACUAUGCCAAGCGUGGCACAGCUGGCUGUAAAAAAUGCAAGGAAAAGAUUGUGAAGGGUGUCUGCCGAAUCGGCAAAGUGGUGCCCAAUCCCUUCUCCGAGUCCGGGGGCGAUAUGAAAGAGUGGUACCACAUUAAAUGUAUGUUUGAGAAACUAGAGCGGGCCCGGGCCACCACAAAAAAAAUUGAGGACCUCGCAGAGCUGGAAGGCUGGGAAGAGCUGGAAGAUAACGAGAAGGAACAGAUAAGCCAGCACAUUGCAGAUCUGGCUUCUAAGUCAGGAAGCACACCAAAGAAGAAAACCGCUGUCCAGGCUAAGCUGACAGCCACUGGCCAGGUGACAUCUCCAGUGAAAGGUGCCUCAUUUGUCACCAAUACCAAUCCUCGGAAAUUUUCUGGCUUUUCAGCCAAGCCCAAUAACUCUGGGGAAACUCACUCAAGCCCUAUCCCUAAGGCAAGUCUGUCCUCAAGCAAAUGUGACCCCAAGUACAAGGAUUGUCUCCUGUGCAAGUUUCGGAAGUUGUGUGCCAUGGUUGCUGAAAAUCCUAGCUACAAUACAAAGACCCAGAUCAUCCAGGAUUUCCUUCGGAAAGGCUCAGCAGGAGAUGGUUUCCACAGUGAUGUGUACUUAACAGUGAAGCUGCUGCUACCAGGUUUUAUUAAGAGUGUUUACAACUUGAAUGAUAAGCAGAUUGUUAGGCUUUUCAGCCGCGUUUUUAACUGCAGCCCAGGUGAUAUGGCACAAGACCUAGAGAAGGGUGACGUGUCGGAGCCAAUCCGAGUCUUCUUUGAGCAGAGCAAGUCUUUUCCCCCAGCUGCCAAGAGCCUCCUUACCAUCCAGGAGGUGGAUGAAUUCCUCCUGCAGCUCUCCAGACUCACCAGGGAGGAUGAGCAGCAACAGGCCCUACAGGACACUGCCUCCAGGUGCACCAAUGACCUUAAGUGCAUCAUCAGGUUGAUCAAACACGCAAAGAUGAACUCAGGUGCAAAACAUGUGUUAGAUGCCCUUGACCCCAUAACCUAUGAAGCCUUCAAAGCCUCGUGUGACCUACGGGACGUGAUGGAGUGGGUCCUCCUUAAUGAGCAGGAGGUGGAGAAGGAGCCAGGCCAGAGAUGAGCUUUGAGCAUCCAGGCCGUGCUGAUGACCCCAGUGCAGCCCAUGCUGGCCGAGGCCUGCAAGUCCAUGGAGUACGCAGUGAAGGAAUGUCCUCACAGCAUGUUCUCUGAGAUCAAGUAUGAUGGAGAGCGAGUUCAGGUACGUAAGAAUGGGGACCACUUCAGCUACUUUAGCCGCAGUCUCAAGCCUGUCCUGCCUCACAAGGUGGCCCACUUUAAGGACUACAUCCCCCAGGCUUUCCCUGGGGGCUACAGCAUGAUCUUGGACUCUGAGGUGCUCCUGAUCGACAACAAGAUAGGCAAACCACUGCCCUUUGGGACUCUGGGAGUGCACAAGAAAGCUGCCUUCCAGGAUGCUAAUGUCUGCCUGUUUGUUUUUGAUUGUAUCUACUUCAAUGAUGUCAGCUUGAUGGACAGGCCUCUGUGUGAGCGGCGGAAGCUUCUUCAUGAUAAUAUGGUUGAAAUUCCCAAUCGGAUCAUGUUCUCAGAAAUGAAGCAAGUCAAGAGAGCUGCCGACUUGGCUGGUAUGAUAAACCGGGUGAUCCGAGAGGGGUUGGAAGGGCUGGUGCUGAAGGAUGUGAAGGGUACAUACGAGCCUGGGAAGCGGCACUGGCUAAAAGUGAAGAAAGACUAUUUGAACGAAGGGGCCAUGGCGGACACAGCUGACCUGGUGGUCCUUGGAGCCUUUUAUGGACAAGGAAGCAAAGGCGGCAUGAUGUCUAUCUUCCUCAUGGGCUGCCAUGACCCGAGCACCCAGAAGUGGUGCACAGUCACCAAGUGUUCAGGAGGCCAUGAUGAUGCGACGCUUGCCCGCCUGCAGAGAGAACUGGACAUGGUGAAGAUCAGCAAGGAUCCCAGCAAGAUACCCAGCUGGCUGAAAAUCAAUAAGAUCUACUAUCCUGACUUCAUAGUCCCAGACCCAAAGAAAGCUGCCGUGUGGGAGAUCACAGGGGCUGAAUUCUCCAAAUCUGAGGCGCACACAGCUGAUGGGAUCUCCAUCCGAUUCCCUCGCUGCACCCGAAUCCGUGAUGAUAAAGACUGGAAAUUUGCAACUAACCUCCCGCAGCUUAAGGUACCAGCUCUUCGGCUGCAUGUGUCUUCUGCCCCACUACCCAGCCUCGGCUCUGUGGGCAUCUGGUCUGUUCACAUGUCCUCUGUCUUCUCCUUUCCCCCAUUCCACUGAGACAGGGCAGGGAGG